AUGCAUUGGCUUCUGCCAUUUGAUGCUGUGGUUGAACGGGAGAAUGAUUAUCGAAAAAUUGGGCCUAGUGUACGUCGCUUGCCAACUUCACGUCAGGGUUGUUCAAAAGUCAAAUCUUAUCUAACCACGGUGGAUAAACAAAAUGAGACGUUAUUAUUGAGAGAUGAUCGCGGGACGUUGAGCGUCUGGAGAUGA